AUGAAUGCAACGAAGCGCAAAUUCAAUGCCCUCCUCCAGGGGAUCGGCAGUAAAUCGUCCACCCCCCUUUCCACCUCUGACUCGAAUAAUGCCUCCUCCUCUUCCCUUCCUCGUCCUUCGCGAGACGGUGUAUCCCCAAUCGGCGCAGACUCGACCACGAUGCUCUUCUCUCGCGACCCCUUGUCGCGGACAAACACCAACGAUUCGGAUGUUUUGCUGAAGCGCCGCAGAUUGGGCCUACCUGGCUCGACAACACCCGGCGAUGGACCGCUUGCACCACGACCCGCGAACGGACAGACGACCAUUUCGAAUGUUGUAUUAAGAAAAUGGAGCGCCAAUGGCAAGGACGAGAAGACAGUUGCGCCGAAAUAUUGUCCUGGAGACCGAGAUCAGCUCUUAAAGCGCCUGGCUAGCUUCCAGGAGCUGACAGACUGGACACCAAAGCCCGACCGGGUUAAUGAAGUGGAAUGGGCGAAGCGAGGGUGGACAUGCCAAGGCAAAGAACGCGUGAGAUGUACGCUCUGUAACAAAGAGCUGGUCGUCAAGUUGAACCGAAAGGAAGUGGACGGCAAGGAAGUGCCUGUGCUGGUGGCUUCAGAGAUUGAGGAAGCGCUGGUGGAAAAGUACGCGGAGCUAAUUGUCACGUACCAUCAGGAGGACUGCUUGUGGAGGAAACGAGGUUGCGAUGAUUCCCUGCUGCGACUACCGCUCGCAAAUCCGAAAACAGCGUUGGAAGGCCUGCGGCAACGAUAUGACGAGCUAUGUGCGCGGAAAGACUUUUUACCUUAUGAGUUCAACCUACGACUCCCAGUAGGCCUCGAUGUUGGCCUUGUUCUAGGCUAUCUUCCCAAGAACUUCUUCACAGAACCUGCGCCCCCAACGACGAAUCCGCCCUCGUCUUCUCCAAAUAGAACAGCCCUGGCUCUAGCAGUGCUCGGUUGGCAGGGUCUAUCAAACGCGCGGAUUGGUCCCGUGCCCAACUCUGCAUCAUGUCACACAUGUUUGCGCCGACUAGGGCUGUGGAUGUUCAAGAGCAAGGAGGUCGAUCUCGAGACGAAUACAGUACUCGUGCCAGCUCCCAUGGACCACCUCGAUGCCGUUCGAGAGCACCGUUUCUUCUGCCCGUGGAAAAAUGCCGCUGCGCAGAAGAAUCCGGGUGCUAGCACACACAAGUCCAAGGUGGACAUUGCAGACCCAGACAAACCUGGCUGGGAGCUUUUGGUGCAGGUGUUGAAGAAUGACUCUUAUCUACGAAACCGGACGACAACCGCUCACAGAAGUGCAAAGAGCGUUAAUGGGCCGUUGAUUGCUACAGCAACUAUGGCAGAGACGCCAGGGCGCCCAACAACAGCGGGAGCUGGCACGAGCGAUGGUAGUCAGAUCAUUAUUACUGGACCCGAUGGGCAGGAGGCAGACCUUGAGGAUGAGAAGGCCCGCGAUGCAAAGGAUAAGGAACGCUGGGCGCGGCUCCGCAAGGUGAAGAGUCUUUUUGAUACGAAGGGGAGCAAGAAACUCAGGAAGACGGUCAGUCGGCCGGGAACGGGACAUGAUUCGAUUAGAGGAGGCGACUAA